GCGAGCGUCCCAGUGAGACCCUGAUUCCACCUCCCAGGAGCCUGGGGAGCUGCGACGCCGGCCGGGUGGCGAAAGGCGGGUCUCGGAGUCCCCAGCCCGGCUGCGUCCCACUGUGGUUUGGGGAUGAGAAGAUUGAGACCUACAUGUGUUAAGUGAUUUGCUCGAGCUGCCUCCAUUCAUAAGAAUUGGAGCCCAGGACACCACCCUCUUGGCUUGCCACUAGGUCUAAAGGAGCGCUUGAGCAGAAUGGCUGUGGGACAGUUUUACCUGUCCUGCCUGGUGCUGGGGUCCCUGGGCUCCAUGUGCAUCCUCCUCACCAUCUAUUGGGUACAGUACUGGCGUGGUGGCUUUGCCUGGGAUGGCAGCGUGCUCAUGUUCAACUGGCACCCGGUGCUCAUGGUUGCUGGCAUGGUGGUGAUCUAUAGUGCUGCGUCGCUGGUGUACCGCUUGCCCCGGUCAUGGGUGGGGCCCAAGCUGCCCUGGAAACUCCUCCACGCGGCCCUGCACCUGAUGGCCUUCAUCCUGACCGUGCUGGGACUGGUUGCCGUCUUUUCCUUCCACAACCAUAACAAAAUCACCAACCUCUACUCCCUGCACAGCUGGCUGGGCAUCGCCACCGUCUUCCUCUUUGCCUGCCAGUGGUUCCUGGGCUUUGCCGUCUUCCUGCUGCCCUGGGCGUCCAUGUGGCUGCGCAGCCUCCUCAAACCCAUCCACGUCUUCUUUGGAGCCUCCAUCCUCUCUCUGGCCAUUGCGUCUGUUAUUUCUGGCCUUAACGAGAAGCUUUUCUUCAGUUUGAAAAAUGACACCAACAAGUACUCUAGCCUGCCCAGUGAGGCCGUCUUUGCCAAUAGCUUGGGGAUGCUGGUCGUGGUCUUCGGGCUGCUGGUGCUCUAUAUCCUUCUGGCUUCCUCUUGGAAGCGCCCAGAGCCAGGGAUCCUGACCGACAGACAGCCCCUGUUGCAUGCUGGGGAGUGAAGUGGGAAGGGGCCCCCAGGAGCAGUCGGUGUGCGGUCUGGACUCCCCUCAGAAGCUCUGCUCUACCCGGCGCUCCCGUCUGGUUUCGGCAACAGACUUGCUUUGGGCUUCGGGUCCAAACCUCUCCUGGCCUCUGCGUCAGGCCUGCUCUCUCCACCACCUUGCUGCCCAGCCCUUUUCUUGGUGGCUUUGGCUUCUGCACCCUUCCCUGGCAUCAACUUCUCAGGUCCUCCAUUUACACAAAGCCCUUCUUCCCCGGGUGCUCCCUCCGCUUCUGCUCCGUCUGAAGUCAAGCUGAUUUCCCCUUUAGACCCCUAGGGAUGUGGUAGAAAACCCUGCAGUUCAGAGGGACCCAGGUGCAAUCCGUGAUGGGGAAAGUGAGGUGAUGCGUCCCUUGGGGGUCCGUUUCCUUUAGGCCGCCUGCCAUGGGGCAGGCUUCGUCUGCUCUGUCAUCUCCAUCCAGCCCACUUGGACAUGAGACUGGGUGGGAACGCCGUGAGGUGAUGGAAGGAGGUGGGGAGAAUGGCGGCAGGCCCCUUCUGCAGAGGAGCAGCUGAGGAGCUGAAUGCUGCUUGCUGUUCUGUUUCAUGUCGCUGCAUUCGGUGUCUGCGUGCCUUGUGACCAUGUGGCUCUACCUCUUCUAGCUGCUGCUACAGCUGAGGCCUGGAUCCCGGUCUUUCCCUAUGACUUACAAGCCUGUCACUGUCAGGCAGCCCUGCGAGCCCUGGUAACCUGCUCUCCCAAGAACAGACCACCCGUCCCCAGCUGUCCCAAUCGGGAUGAGCAGCAGGGGUGCCUCCGACUUCCUGUAUACUUCCUGGUGCUGGGAGAGUCAACCUUGCUCUCUUGGCAGGGCCCUAGCCCAGCUCAUUUUCACUCUCCAGCUCAGCAUGGAACCCGCCCAAUUGUGGUGCAUUGUCGCCAGCAGAGCCCUGGGCGCCAUGACCACCUUCAGAGGUGUUCCUUGCUGAGAAAGUGCCUCACUUGUCCCCACCAUGGCUGCCUGCCUGGCCAAACCCAGUCUCGUGUGUUAUGCCAGAGUGUGAGCUGUUGGUUUUUCCCCAGAGGAGAAACUGGGGUGGGGAGGGAGGAAUCUUGCUCCUCUCCUAAGUGUUGGCCCUGUGGCUUUUCCUGGCCUCUCCAAGUGAGCCCUUCCAGGUCCCAGGCUCCAUGCUGCUCUGCAUGGAUGACAAGCAGUAUGUCACCUGGGGUCUGGAGCGUGCUUCCUCCUAGCAGGUGGCGAUGAGGCCGCCUGUCCACCCCAACCCACAUGGUCAGAUGUAGGCAGGAGGGCUAUGACUCAGCUUCCCAAGUAGGUGAAUCCUUCAAAGCCACUGAGAUGACUGCCGGGCACCUUGGGCACAUGAACAGCUUCCCCUCUUUUCCCCUCUUUCCAUAUGGGCGGGCAGUUCGCUAGUUUAUGAAGCUUGAUUUUGAUUAAACAUGUUUUUAAGAAUUGAA